AUGAAUUCCGAGCAGUCGUCGUCGCUGAAGCGACCUCGCUCCCCGACGGAGCCCCAGCCCCUCCCCGCAGCAAAGAUGCCCCGGACGGCGACGAACCACCUGCAGAUCAACUACCUGGUCCGCCAACACAAGGAUACCAUCCCCCUCGUCACGGUCAACGACAAGCUUCCCGAGAUAGCUCGCCUGCUGGGGGAAUAUGAUGGGGUUCUACAACGCCACGAGAGCAUGGCAGGGAACUUGGGAGCUUGUCCUGUCGGCCCGAUUCUCGUCAAGCGGUUCGAGAAGAUGUUUGACGGGCCACCGAAGAUCCUCAAGUCUCACGCCAAAGACGCUCAUGUGAGCUGGUUGGACGUGGUCGAAUUUGCCCAGAACAAUCCGAAGCAGUUCAACCUGGAAAGAACUCGCAACGGCGUGCGGGUCUGCCAGUUCUACACCAAGCAGUGUCGGGUCGAGAUCUCGGAAGAGGAUUUCGUCCUCAUCGCCAGUGGUAUGCCUCAGAAACUGAUCCCCCCGCAGCCCAUCCUCGAGGAUGAAGAGAAGGAACUGGGCGUCAUGGAUCUCUUAGACCGCAAUCUCGGCCAGGUCAUUCAGCUUGCCGAUCAAGUGUCUGGCCGAGCCCGUCAACUGAUCCACAAGAUGAAAGGUCGACGCACAGCCAUCUUGAGCAGGCGCGAGCACGAAGCCGAGGCCAAAAGGCAAGUCUCCAGAGCCGAAGCUCCGCCAAUGUCUCCAGUCGAUACCAACGGAGUGGGCAACGCCCGACCCAUGAGGAGCAUCGAGGUCUCUCAAUCGCCUCCCGGAUUUACCGCGAUCAAUUUGAGACAAUCGACGGGGGCGGAAUCAGAUCUACGACGUCCAUCUUCCACGGACGUUCUACGGAGCACUGCCGACGACUCUUAUGGGUCGUCCGGCGCGGGGAACGUCACCAUCAUCAACGGCAAGUCGAUCAAAGAUGCUUCUCCGUCCCAGCGUGCCGAAAUGAUGAAGAAUUUCCUGACCCCAAGCGAGCGCGAAGCCGGUUUGACUGAAGAUACCGUUCGUCGUUCGUCGGUGGGGGCUGGUACUGCUCGGACACAGGCCAUGCAAGCGUCCUCGGCAGAGAAACCACGAUCCCAUUCGAUCGAACUGGCGGCUGCAAGCGUGUCGACGGUGGCCAUACCCAACACUCCGGCGUCGUUGAUGCCUCAUAUGAAGCCCGUCACGUUGGACAGGGACGACGGCGGGCCAUUCAAGGCGGAGAUGGUGCGGCGAAUGGAUAACAUGUGGAAAGGCGACCGGGUGAUCCCUCCGUGCGAUCGCUGCCGCAGAUUGCACAUGGACUGCCUGAAGAACCUCACGGCGUGCAUGGGCUGCACCAAAAAACAUGCUAAAUGUUCGUGGAAGGAGGUCAAGGCGGAGGAAUUGCAGCUGGCAGCACCUGGGUCGACUUCACCCGAGAGGGAAACCACCGCACGGGAAGAUAUGGGGCGGGACAGUGCACCACCCCACUCGGCGGGAUCCACCCUCGACACCCAUCGUCAGGCUGAUGAAAUGCAGAGGUCGGCGAGCAUUGCUCGAGCCUCUCUGGAUCUGGCAGGCGAAAAGGCUCUCACUGCAGUGGACGGUGGAAUGCGGGAGACGCAGGCAGAGUCGACUGCACAGCCGGAGACGGUGCCAUUGGGCGCAUCGACAGGCCGAUUUGACGUUCGGCCCCCGCCGUUGGUGCAGCAAUUGCAGGAUGCUGCUGCAGACGACCGAUCACCCAGUGGGCCCAGCUCUUCUUACCCGCCUACCUUCUCACCCCGAGAGAAGGACUACAUGGAUCACCGUGAUGACGACGACGAUGAAGGCGAUCGACUCCAGGCGCUUGCAGCACGAGUCUACCGAAGCGCGUCUCAAAGCGGACAUCGCUAG